AUGACUAGAAGAAAAUCGGAUCAUCCCAUUCCAGAGAAGCCGGAGCCUCCGUUCCCAAUUGUUACUGAUUUCUGCGACAUAGUUUGCGGCUUUGGUCGUGGGUCUGCUGAACUGGGAAUACCGACUGCCAAUGUGCCUAUUGAACAGCUACCAAAGAGCGUAAAUGACUUGAAACUGGGAGUAUACUUUGGGUAUGCCAAGAUCAAACCGGUCGAGCAUGAAGUUGGCACUGUGACUAGGAGUGACGGAAGAGAUGUGCGGAUUGACUACGCUCGAGAUUUAAAGAAAGACAGCGGUGAUCUAAGCAUACUUCCGGUCGUACUAUCAGUAGGAAAGAAUCCUUUUUAUGGAAAUGACUUCAAAACGGUGGAAUUACACAUUAUACACAACUUUAAGGACGAUUUUUACGGUGCCAAGGUCAAAUUCAAUAUUCUAGGCUAUAUUAGACCAGAACUGGACUACACCACCAAAGAGGCACUGAUAGAAGACAUUCACAUAGAUAUCACGACUGCUCUCAAGGCUCUAGAGUCUCGGGAUUUUAGCGUUUACCAAUCGCAGCUGAAAGACCAAGAGCUUUCAAGCCGUUAA